GUUCUGAAGGGAUUUAUUCGGUUGCAGGAACCGGGUUUCUCAUGUUAGGAUGGAAUUUCUACGUUUUUGUAACUUGAUUUAAAUUUAUUUAUUUAUUUAGUUGUUUACAAAUAUUAAUUUUACACAUGACUAUACGCAAUGAUAUCCUAUGUACCUACAAUUUGCGUCCGAAAACUCGGACAAAUGGGCUUUAAAGAAGCAUUUCGAUUACAAAAAGAGGCAUAUCAAAAUGUUUUGGAAACAAUAUAUAAUUCUAGUACAAAAUUUGCAAAUGGGUAUUUACUUUUGGUUGAGCAUGACCCAGUAUACACAGUAGGUAUUCGAAACAAACAAUACAUUCAAGAUGAACAAAAAUUAAAAGCACUGGGAGCAGAUUAUAUAGUUACAGACCGUGGUGGUUUAAUUACCUUUCAUGGACCUGGCCAGUUAGUUUGUUAUCCAGUAAUUUACCUAGGGAACUUCUGUGCCAAGAAAAGCAUUAAAUGGUAUGUUAGACAGUUAGAGAACUGCGUUAUUGGAACGUGUGUUGAUUUUGGCUUAAAAGCUACCUUAACUAAUGAUGUCGGAAUAUGGAUAGAUAACAAAAAAAUAGCAGCAAUUGGUAUUCAUGCUUCCCGUUACAUCACAACGCAUGGUGUUGCAAUUAAUAGCAAUGUAGAUUUAAAUUGGUUUAGUCACAUUGUUCCAUGUGGUCUUGUAGAUAAAGAUGUAACAUCUUUAUCCGAAGAACUGCAGCGAAAUGUCACUGUUGAAGAAACUAUGCCUGUUUUCUUACGUCAUUUUAAAAAGCAUUUUCCUUGUGAAUUUUUAUAUGAAAAUUAAUAUUAUGGAAUAAAGUUUAUUAAAUGUUA